AUGGAGCCAAAAUUACAUGUUCAUACAAAUGUUGAUAUUGCGAAUAUUCGUAAACCAUAUAAAAGAUUAGAUGAAUAUUUUGGUACUGAACAUCUUGUAUCACAUGAACCAAUGGGACAAUUUAAAAAAUGGUUUGAAGAAGCUGUUGAAUAUAUUGAUGAACCAAAUGCUUUUUGUUUAUCUACUGCUACAAAAGAUGGUAAACCUUCGAAUCGAUUUUUAUUAAUGAAAGAUUUUGAUGAAAAUGGUUUUAAAUUUUAUACAAAUUAUGAUAGUCGAAAAGGAAAAGAAUUAGAAGAAAAUCCAUUUGCAUCAAUGUGUUUCUAUUGGCCAUCAAUGUCACGAUCGAUUCGUAUUGAUGGUCGUGUUGAAAAAUUAUCUGAUGUUGAAUCAACUGAAUAUUUUAAUUCACGUCCAAUUGAUUCACAAAUUAGUGCUUGUAUUAGUAAACAAAGUCAACCAGUACCUAAUCGACAAUAUUUACUUGAUCAACGACAAAAAUAUAUUGAUAAUAGUUUACAUGUUCAAAAACCAGAAAGAUGGGGUGGUUUUCUUGUAAUACCACAUACAGUUGAAUUCUAUCAAGGUCAAACAAAUCGAUUAUCUGAUCGUAUACAAUUUCGUCGUAUUUCAUCUGAAUCUGAUAAAAAUAUUUCAAUAGAUUCAAAUGUAACACAUCAAGGUACUCAUGGUUGGAUAUAUGAAAGACUUUCACCAUGA